AUGAGCGGUCUCGCCGAGCCUCCAUCCUCCAGACCAACCUUCGCCGGACCAGCAGAUGCGCCCGGAGAGACGCGAGAUCUUCCAGUGCUUUCGCAAUCGGCUCGCAACUCUCCCGUCGCAAUGGAGAUCACACCUGCCUCGUCCGGCGGCGUCAGUGGAAACAACCAAAUUCAUAGUAGUCCUGAAGGUGACCGCACGGGUGCAAUCACUGCCAAUGGCGCAGAAGUCGCGAUGCCGGGCAAUCAUCAGAACUCCGCCGUGGGAGCAGCGGCAGCAGCACAGCAACCCAAAGUGGUACAAACAGCAUUCAUUCAUAAACUCUACAACAUGCUUGAAGAUACUAGCAUCCGCCAUUUGAUCGCAUGGUCCGGGACCAACGACAGUUUCGUCAUGUCGCCUACGUCUGAAUUCUCCAAAGUUCUCGCUCAAUACUUCAAACACACCAAUAUAUCGUCAUUCGUGCGCCAGCUGAACAUGUACGGAUUUCACAAAGUAAGCGACGUUUUCCAUACUGGAACAUCGGAUACUGCCCUCUGGGAAUUCAGGCAUGGCAACGGCAAUUUCAAACGAGGUGACUUAGUGGGCUUGCGCGAAAUCAAACGCCGUGCAUCUCGUCAUGCUUUGAUACAUCGCGAUUCCUUCCCAAGUCAUAAACCUCCGCCUUCGCAGCCCGGUACACCGGCAGAGCCUGUUCCAGACACCACGGAAGCCAGGCUCAUGAACUUGGAGUACAGUCUACACGACAUGCACGCUCGUCUGACUCGUGCGGAAGAGGGCAACAUCCUUCUGACUUCCAAAUGUCAGAGCAUGGCGGAUGGGCUGGUCAAGUGCUAUCACUGGACGCAUUCCAUUUCCCGCUUCUUGCACGGGGUAGUCCCCAAUCAAGACAGCCCUCUAUAUCAUGACAUCCUCAGCAUGCAAAGAGAGGUCGAAAAGCAGUUGGAAUCUGUGCGUACUAUGGAAAUUUCCCAUGACUCGCUCAUGCCGCCCCGUCAACCUUUCUAUGGCAACAUGCCAAUGGAGUCUGGACCCCCAUUGUCUCCUCGUCAAUUGCCUCAAGACGACAGCCGCCGACAAUCUAUGAUUCGACCGCCGGUGCCUUCUCACCUUGCUGUGUCACCACGACGUUACGGUUCAAUUGGAGGAGCAAAUGCUCCUAUCCCGAAUUACAAUCGCCUACAGCCACCUAGUGCCGGGCCACCACCGCCACCAGCGCAUCAAACUCAGCAACCGACACCCCAUCCUCUCUCCAUCUCCACCUCUCCUGGGGCUCCAAAUCUGGGCCGCCGCCAUACUUUUGCAGACAUCCGUCAGGCCGACUGGCCUCCAAAUGGCCCAUCACCGUUUCCUCCGGGCAAUGCCAGCGCAAACGGCGGGGCCAGCGGUCCGUGGCCCUCUUCACCCCACCGCGUCCCCACCAGCAGCGAGCAGCAAGUCCGAGAUGUGCUCGCCCAGUAUGAAAUGGGCGCGCCUCGUCGAUUCCAAGACCAUUCCCGUCAUGCAACCCCUCCUAUUGGAGCUGAACCAUCUCCGUCAAUGCUCCAUGCUGAGAACGGCUGGUCCCUCGGGGGAUCUCGAUUUCAUCGUCAGGAAUCUUCUUUACCAGCGACUCGUCGCUCCAGUAUGGCAAGUAAUGUGCAUUCACUCCUGAAUCCUGCCGAUACUGCUGAACGACCAGACGAAGACCAGCAAGAAGAUCGGAAACGAAAACGCUUGGAGUAA